AUGGCGACUGGCGCCCUUGGCGGAGACACCACUCGGUUCCCCCACGCAGCCAAGGCCGCUAACCGACCGGACCCGAUCCAACUGGAUCCCCCGUGCUCUAAGAAAGCCUUCCCCGGUGUUCGUAGCCGUCAGCGACGCCUCAAAGUAGUCGAAGUACGCAGUCGGCGACCGAACAGCCCUGGCGCCACACUCAACAUGGCCGCCAGGCCGGUGCACAUCUGCUCCACGGAAGGCGGGAUAUUGGGCACCGGCGGCGCUCAUUGGCCGGCGGCGUCGGGCGAACACAAUGUUGACGCUUUGCGGCGUUUUACUGGACGAAGCUAG